AUGAGUUCAUCUGUCAUGACAAACAACGUUAAGGACGAUCAAAUUGACGAAAGUCUUUACUCUCGUCAACUUUAUGUCCUUGGUAAAGAAGCUAUGUUGAAAAUGCAAAAUUCUAAUGUCUUAAUCAUCGGGUUAAAGGGUUUGGGUAUUGAAAUUGCUAAGAAUGUGGCAUUGGCAGGUGUUAAAUCAUUGACUUUACAAGACAAUAAACCCAUUGAAUUAGAAGAUUUAUCAACGCAAUUUUUCUUCACUGAAGCCGAUAUAGGUAAGCCAAGAGAUGAAGUCUCCAAGAUUAAACUGGCUGAAUUAAACGCAUACGUGCCAAUCUCAGUACUCGAACCAAUUUUAGAAGAAAGACAAUUGGAACCCUUCCAAGUUAUUGUGGCCACUGAGACUAUGUCUCUAGAAGAUAAAAUUAAAUUGAACAAUUAUUGCCAUAAGCGUGGUAUUAAGUUUAUCUCUACUGAGACUAGAGGUUUAUUCGGUAAUGUGUUUGUAGACUUCGGUGAUAAAUUUACUGUGAUAGAUUCCACAGGUGAAGAACCACGUUCCGGUAUUGUCUCAGAUAUUGAACCAGACGGAACUGUUACCAUGUUAGACGAUACAAGACAUGGUCUAGAAGAUGGGAAAUAUGUUAGAUUCACUGAAGUCGAAGGUUUGGAAAAAUUGAAUGAUGGCACACUAUUUAAAAUAGAAGUAUUGGGGCCAUUCGCAUUCAGGAUAGGUAAUGUUGAAAAAUACGGUACUUAUAAGAAAGGUGGUAUUUUCACUGAAGUUAAAGUACCUAUUAAGAUGUCUUUUAAAUCUUUGCAAGAUUCUAUAUCAAACCCAGAAUUUAUCUUCUCGGACUUUGCUAAGUUUGAUAGAAGUGGUCAACUACAUUUAGGUUUCCAAGCUUUGCAUUAUUUUGUCAUAAAACAUAAUGGUCAAUUGCCAAGACCAAUGAAUGAAGAAGAUGCUAAUGAACUAAUUAAAUUAGUCUCUGACCUAGCUGUACAACAACCAAAUGUCCUUGGCGACGCUCCAGUUGAUAAAAAGUUAAUUAAAGAAUUAUCAUAUCAGGCUAGAGGUGAUAUUCCAGGUGUUGUCGCCUUCUUUGGUGGUCUUGUUGCCCAAGAAGUGUUGAAAGCAUGUUCUGGUAAAUUUACACCAUUGAAACAAUACAUGUAUUUCGACUCUUUGGAAUCAUUACCUGAUUCAAAGGAGUUCCCAAGAAAUGAAAUCACUACAGCACCAAUUGGGUCUCGUUAUGAUAACCAAAUCGCUGUCUUCGGUGCUGAUUUCCAAAGAAAGAUGGCCAAUUCUAAAGUUUUCCUUGUUGGCUCUGGUGCUAUUGGUUGUGAAAUGUUAAAGAAUUGGGCUUUAAUGGGUCUUGGUUCAGGUGAGAGAGGAGGGAUUAUCGUUACUGAUAAUGAUUCUAUUGAGAAAUCUAAUUUGAACAGACAGUUCUUAUUUAGAUCUAAAGAUGUUGGAAGAAAUAAAUCUGAAGUGGCUGCAGAAUCUGUGAUUGCAAUGAAUCAAGAUUUAGCAGGAAAAAUCACACCUAAGAUUGAUAAAGUAGGUACUGAAACCGAAGAUAUCUUUGAUGAUGCAUUUUGGCAAUCAUUAGACUUUGUCACUAACGCUUUAGAUAAUGUAGAUGCUCGUACCUAUGUGGAUCGUCGUUGUGUUUUCUAUGGUAAACCUUUGUUAGAAUCAGGAACCUUAGGUACUAAGGGUAACACACAAGUUGUUAUUCCAAAAUUAACUGAAUCAUAUUCUUCUUCUAGAGAUCCACCAGAAAAGUCCAUUCCUUUGUGUACUUUACGUUCUUUCCCAAGUAAGAUUGAUCACACUAUUGCUUGGGCUAAAUCACUAUUCCAGGGUUACUUCUCUGAUGCUGCUGAAAAUGUAAAUAUGUACUUAACACAAGACAACUUUAUUGAACAAACAAUGAAGCAAACAGGCGAUGUUAAAGGUAUUUUAGAAUCUAUUAAUGAUUCUCUAAAUAACAGACCUGAAACUUUCGACGAUUGUGUAAGAUGGGCUCGUUUAGAAUUUGAAAAGAAAUUUAAUCAUGAUAUUAAGCAACUAUUGUACAACUUUCCACUUGAUGCAAAGACUUCUAAUGGUGAACCAUUUUGGUCUGGUGCUAAACGUGCCCCAUCUCCAUUAAUCUUUGAUAUUAAUAAUCCAAAUCAUUUGGAUUUUAUCAUUGGGGGUGCUUGUCUUCGUGCUUUUAAUUAUGAUAUUCCAGUUGAUGAAGCUUUACCAGUUGACCAUUUUAAGAAAAUUAUUGACAAUAUGCCUAUUCCCGAAUUUGUCCCAAUCACUAACUUAAAGAUUCAAGUGAAUGAUGAAGAUCCUGUUCCAAAUGCCAAUAAUCCAAUAGGUGAUGAAUUAGAUGCCUUGGUUGCCUCUUUACCAGAUCCAUUUGUAUUAAGAGGAUUCCAUAUGAAUGCAGUUGAAUUUGAAAAGGAUGAUGAUACUAACCAUCAUAUUCAAUUCAUCACUGCAUGCUCAAACUGUAGAGCUGAAAAUUAUUCUAUUGAACUAGCAGACCGUCAAAAAACUAAAUUUAUUGCCGGUAGGAUUAUUCCAGCUAUUGCUACUACUACUUCUUUAGUAACUGGGUUGGUUAAUUUAGAAUUAUAUAAGGUUGUAGAUCAAAAGACAGAUAUUGAACAAUACAAAAAUGGGUUCGUUAAUUUGGCUCUACCAUUUUUUGGCUUUUCCGAGCCAAUUGCCUCUCCAAAAGGUAAAUAUAAUGAUAAGACAUAUGAUAAGAUAUGGGAUAGAUUUAAUAUUUAUGGUGAUAUUACACUAAAAGCAUUGUUAGAACACUUUGAAAAGGAAGAAGGUUUAGAAAUCACUAUGUUAUCAUAUGGUGUUUCAUUGUUAUAUGCAUCAUUCUUUCCACCAAAGAAAUUAAAGGAUAGAUACGAUCUUCCAAUCUCUCAAGUAGUAAAGUUAGUUACCAAACAUGAAAUCCCAGCACAUGUUAAGACUAUGAUUUUGGAAAUUUGUGCCGAUGAUAAGCAAGGCGAAGAUGUUGAAGUUCCAUUUAUCACAAUCCAUUUAUAG